AAGAGUCAUCACAGGAAGUUCAGAACGUUUUCUGUCGGAACCCUCACUACAUCAAGGACAAGAUGGUGUUCACUGUAAAGGACAUGACCUUCAAGGCUGGUCAGGAGCUGACCAUCUCUGGCAAACCAAAGUCUGGAUGUAGUUUAUUCUCCAUCAAUAUCGGUCAUGAUUCUAACAACAUCGCGCUCCACUUCAACCCUCGCUUUAACUACCAGAGCGACAGCAACAUCAUUGUGUGCAAUUCCAAUCAAGGAGGAUGGGGCGAGGAGAUGAGGGAACACUGCUUCCCAUUCAGCCUGGACGAAUCCUUCAAGGUGGUGGUCAGCUUCAACAACGACCAAUUUUAUAUCAAACUUCCUAACGGCACCAUGAUGAGCUUCCCCAAUCGCUUUGGCGAUGACAGCUUCAAGCACAUUGACGUGCAAGGUGAUGUCAAGGUUCAGGGCAUCAAGAUCAAAUAAGGAGGUCUGCAGUGAUUUUCAUCCGAAGAACAUCCAAGCAAUGUGCUAGUCCAUCCAUCCUAAAUAUGUAAUCUGUAACCCAGGCUUUUGUCACCAUGUCUCUAAGUUGAGGGUCCUGGAAAAAAAACUUGUUUGGUGCAUGAUCCUGUCAAGUAGGGUGUCUAAACAGGAAGAGCUAAACAAUUGUUAAAAAAUAAAAAAAUAAAAAAAAUA